AGACCCGCGAGCACAGCCCAAAGGAUAAAUUAUCAAAUCAUUCAGCAGAGGAAGAAAUCCACCACUAACGGUGUUGGGCAAAGGCAAGCAGUUCGAGCAACAAAGCCGAAGGGCUGAUCGGCCGCCAAGGACCCCUUAUCCCGGCUCUAAGUUCCUCAGGAAUUUUCGACUAAAAUCUGUUAACACAAACUUAGUAAUCAAUAUACAUACUUAAGCAACUGUCUGCUUCAUUCUCUAAUCACUCUGUGUUGUCUCCUCACUUCUCAGCUUCUUCUUCAAAACCCUUAAACCACACCAAAUCAUCUUUACUACGAGUUCAAUUUCCUUGCCAAAAACCUCGUUUUUCAAAACCAUUUUCUGGGUUUUCUCCAUCUAACCUUUCCUUCCCUAUGAACUGCACGAAGUGUCCCAAUAGGUCGAUUCUCAAGGCUUCUCUUUCUGCCCAGGAAUCUGCUCGCACUGAAAAUGUAAAAAUAUUAGGAGGCAGUUUAAAGGGCAUGAUUAGAGUUUACAAUGAGGCUCUUCUCAGUGGAGAUGAUAGGAUUGUAGCUGAGAUUGAGAAUAGAAUAAGCAUUUUAGAAAAUGAGAAGAAUGGAUUGGAAAAACAAGUUUUGGAGUUGUCAGCAGAGAUAACCUCUGGGAAAGAGAUGUAUAUCCGUUUGCAUGCUGAUUUUGAUAAUUUUCGAAAAAAAUCGGAGAAGGAGAGACUUACGACGAGGUCCGAUGCUCAAGGCGAAGUGAUCGAGAGUCUUUUGCCCAUGGUUGACAGUUUCGAGAGAGCUAAACAACAAAUAAAACCGGAAACAGAGAAAGAAAAGAAGAUAGAUACGAGUUAUCAGGGUAUAUACAAGCAAUUCGUGGAGAUCAUGAGGAGUUUGCAAGUGGCUGUUGUCCCAACAGUUGGAAAGCCCUUUGAUCCCUCUCUACAUGAAGCCAUUGCUCGAGAAGAGUCUCUAGAGUUCAAAGAAGGGAUUAUCACCCAUGAAUUUCGUCGAGGGUUCCUCCUUGGGGAGCGGCUAUUAAGACCAGCGAUGGUGAAAGUUUCUUCAGGACCAGGGAAUAAGAAAGUAACUGUGGCCACUGAUAGAUCUUCUGGGCAACCAACAGCUGGAGAUGAUCAGUAAAUCUAAAAGGGAUACUCUGACCAUCUCAUCAAAGGUGAAGGCAUUCAAAUAAAUUUAUUUGUCAAAGCAGCGUCUUUUACCAUUUCUUUUCUCUAGUUGGUAGUCGCAGGUCACUGGAUGGGUUUGAUUUUGAUGAUCAACUGAAAAGCCAUCUGGAUUCUGGUCUCUUCAUUUAAGAUAUGCUCGGACAUGAGUACGAACUAUUAUCCAAAUAUAC